AUUGAAUUCAUAAGAUUUUGAAAAAGCAAAGUACACCAUGAAAAUGAUAUGCUGCAUUCCUGUCCUUGCACUGAUCUUGUUCGGAGAGAUGGUGAAAGGAACAUGCAACUCAAAUCUUGGGAGUUCUCUUGUAGGAGACCUCAUUGGAAUGGUGUUGAAACUGAAAGGUUCAGACAAUGGUUGUUGCAGUCUAAAUAAAAAGACAACCCCUGCCUUUUCAGCUAUUCUAACAAAGGUGCAAUCACUUGUAGUAAAAGAUACCAUUAAAUUUGACAAAGUUGUGACCAAUAUACAAAAUGGCUACAAUCCCAGUUCUGGAAUAUUCACUGCACCAAUAGUUGGCGUUUAUCAAUUCUCUUCCACAGUAAUGAGUGACAAGGGCCAGAAACUUGUGGUCCAUCUUUGGUACAAUGAUGUGAAGAUGUCAGGAGGAUGGACAUUGGGGAAUCAACAUGUUCAAGCAACUAUUAACAUGGUUUUAGAAUUACAAAAGGGAGACCAAGUUACCAUUAAGUCAUGUGAAAGUAAUAAUGUUUAUAGUGACGAUGAUGAUUACACCUCUUUUUCAGGAUAUCUGAUUGCUCAAUAAAUUUAUCAGUAAUUUAUUUCUUCAUUAUACAUUAUAUAUAUAAAAAAAAAGAAGAUGUGGUAGGAU